GCAAAUUACCCACAGCCCUACGCACUGUCCCCGCCGCUUCCCAGAGAGGGCAGAGGGACCCUGGCCCCGGGUCAAGUCAGUGGCUUGCGGUCAGUCGCACAAGUAUUAACAGAGUCAAGGUCUUCAGGAGGCUGACACUGGAGCCUCGAAUGGCAAAGUGAAAGGACUGCGGAGCGCGUCUCGGUCCCUCCCUUUGUAGUGGCUCGCGCCCAGCGGCUGCCGGGUGCACCUGCGGAUCCCCAAGGGGGGCAUUGCCUCAGCAACCGCGGCUGCCGCCUAGAUCGCAGGAGCCGCGCCCGGGGCAGCUCGGAGUUGGGAGCAGCGAUGAGCAACGACCCGGACCGCGAGUGCCCGGUGGACGGAGAUAUUGGUCAACAAGAGAUGGUUCCAAGUAAGAGAAGCGCUGUUCUCGUGGAUGGGGUCGUACUGAAUGGUCCCACAACAGAUGCAAAAGCAGGAGAAAAAUUUGUUGAAGAGGCCUGUAGGCUGAUAAUGGAACAAGUGGUUUCGAAGGCUACAGAUAUCAGUGAGAAGGUUUGUGAAUGGCGGCCUCCUGAACAACUGAAACAACUUCUUGAUCUGGAGCUGAGAGACACAGGAGAGCCCCACCACAGGCUGCUGGAACUUUGCCAGGAUGUUAUCCGCUACAGUGUCAAAACUAACCAUCCAAGAUUUUUCAACCAGUUGUAUGCUGGACUUGAUUAUUACUCCUUGGUGGCCCGAUUUAUGACAGAAGCAUUAAACCCAAGUGUUUAUACGUAUGAGGUGUCCCCAGUGUUUCUAUUAGUGGAAGAAGCGGUUCUGAAGAAAAUGAUUGAAUUUAUUGGCUGGAAAGAAGGGGAUGGAAUAUUUAACCCAGGUGGUUCAGUGUCCAAUAUGUAUGCCAUGAAUUUAGCUAGAUACAAAUAUUGUCCUGACAUUAAGGAAAAGGGACUCUCUGGGUUGCCAAGAUUAAUCCUUUUCACAUCUGCAGAGUGUCAUUACUCCAUGAAGAAGGCAGCCUCCUUUCUUGGGAUCGGUACUGAGAAUGUUUGCUUUGUGGAAACAGAUGGAAGAGGUAAAAUGAUGCCUGAGGAACUGGAGAGGCAAAUCUGGCAAGCCAGAAAAGAGGGAGCAGCACCAUUUCUUGUCUGUGCCACCUCAGGUACAACUGUAUUGGGGGCGUUUGAUCCUCUGGAUGAAAUAGCAGACGUCUGUGAGAGGCAUGGCCUUUGGCUUCAUGUGGAUGCUUCUUGGGGCGGCUCAGCCUUGAUGUCAAGGAAGUACCGCAGGCUUCUGCAUGGCAUCCACAGAGCUGACUCCGUGGCCUGGAACCCCCAUAAGAUGCUAAUGGCUGGAAUUCAGUGCUGUGCUCUCCUUGUAAAGGACAAAUCUGAUAUUCUUAAGAAAUGCUACUCUGCCAAGGCAUCUUACCUCUUCCAGCAGGAUAAAUUCUAUGAUGUCAGCUAUGACACAGGAGAUAAGUCGAUCCAGUGUAGCAGGAGACCAGACGCAUUCAAAUUCUGGAUGACUUGGAAGGCCCUGGGCACAGUAGGCCUUGAAGAAAGAGUUAAUCGUGCUCUUGCUUUAUCUAGGUACCUAGUAGAAGAAAUCAAGAAAAGAGAAGGAUUCAAGUUACUGAUGGAACCUGAAUAUGCCAAUAUUUGUUUUUGGUACAUUCCGCCGAGCCUCAGAGAGAUGGAAGAAGGACCUGAGUUCUGGGAAAAACUUAACUUGGUGGCCCCAGCCAUUAAGGAGAGGAUGAUGAAGAAGGGAAGCCUCAUGCUGGGCUACCAGCCCCACCGAGGGAAGGUCAACUUCUUCCGCCAGGUGGUCAUCAGCCCUCAAGUGAGCCGCGAGGACAUGGACUUCCUCCUGGAUGAGAUCGACCUACUGGGUAGAGACAUGUAGCUGUGGCUUUUGGUUCCCCAGAGGCAUGGGUCCUGUCCUGGGGAAAGUUACAGAUCCAGGGCAUCUGGGGACACAUAGGGAAUUGCAGCCCUUCUGGAGAGAAAUAGGAAACGCGCCCCAUCCAGGCCCAGCAAAACCAGAAUGCUAAGCGUUAAGGACUCUGUAGCUCCUUGGGCACUACUGUUGCUAUAAAAAUAUGUUUUCUCAAAGAUUGUCCCGGGGACAGAGAAUUAAAGAGAAUUUAGUAAGUACUAUGUAGGGCCCGAGUUCUAAGCUUUCAUUGCUCUUUAAAGAACAUACAAAUUAACAAUUUUAAGCAGUUGGUCUCAAAGUGGUCCCUAGACCAGCAGCAUCAGUAUCACUUGGGAACUUUUUAAAAUGCAGAUUCUCAGCCCCACCCCAGACCUACUGAAUCAGAAACUCUAGGUGUGGGGCCCCGACUUCUGUAUUUUAAAUAGCCCUCCAGGUGAUUCUGAGGCAAGGUAAAAUCUGAGAACCUUAUAAUGUUUAAUGAAACCUUGUAAUGACUGAAUCAUCGCUGUGAUGUUUUGCAGCAAAGGAAUGAAUAUCUAAUAUGUCAGUGGUCCCUGAGCUGGUCUUUGAAAAUAUAGCUGUGGCAUCAGUAGCACAAAUGUUUAGAGGCAUCAGAGAGAUAUCAAAGCUAUUUUUUAAAAGAGAAACUAUAUUAGAUGUUUAUUUUCUAAAGAUGUAUCUUUUAUGCAGACUGAAUGGUUAUUCUCAAAAGUUAAAAUGAACUAUUAUCUAUUCUAAAUUAUUUAGAGAUAAGAAUAAAAGACAAACAUUUUAGCGUGGCCCUUUCAAUCAAAACAAUAGUCUUAAUUCACUUCUCAAAAUCAUUGUGUCAUGAGUUGGGCAUAGACAUUAGAAAUAUGUCCCUAAAUAUGUACCUCUUUUAACUUGAGGGGCCUAUUUCUUUGCUUGCUCUCUGCUUGUAGGAAAUAACCAGAAUGAAGUUCAGGGUGAUACAACAUUCCUUGUCUCAGGCUUUGAAAUGUAUAGACGAUUAAGUGGUUUAUAUUGGGGCAGACAGUCUGGGAAUUAGAAACCUUCCAGUGUAAACACCUCCAUUUCUCUUUGGAGUGGAUGAUUGCAAUUCUGUCUCUGAUCAUGGUCCUAGAGUUCUAGGAGAAUCUUAUUUAAUUAAGAAAUAAACAGAAUUCAGAGUUAUGGGUUCAGAGUUCAACGAGGUAAAAUUAUGAAUCUAAUUAGAGCUCUGAUUUGGAAAGCAAAUGAUUGAUGAGUGUUCAAGUAUUAGACUUAGCACAUUCAAUAAUCUUUUGAUACUCUAUUAUUAACUUAUGUCAGUUAAAUUUUGAAGAGUAAAGAACAGAUACGUACUCUUUGCUUUUAGUUCAUAUUUUUAUUUUGGGGUGUAUGGUUUCUUAAUAUCUCCAUUGGUCAAAGAACAUUUUAAUCUUCUCUGAAUCACUUCAGUUUCUGGUGAUAGGUAUUUGUGUGUGUGUUUUGCAUUUCUCAUUGCCUUUUUGUCUUAACGUUUUUCUAAAAUGUUCCUGAAAUUGAUGUUUGCAAUAAUUUGAGUUUCAUGAAAUAAAAAGCAACAUUAGCACAAA